AUGGGCAAGGAUAAGGGACCUACAUUCACCCUCAAGACCCCCAAGGGCACCAAGGAUUGGUCCGGCUCCGACGCCAUCCUCCGAGACCGAAUCUUCACGACCAUCAGUAACGUCUUCAAGCGCCACGGCGGCACGGCCCUCGAUACACCCGUCUUUGAGCUGCGUGAAAUCCUGGCUGGGAAAUAUGGCGAGGACUCAAAGCUCAUCUACGACCUGCAGGAUCAGGGUGGUGAGAUUUGCUCGUUGCGCUACGACCUGACUGUUCCCUUCGCUCGCUGGCUGGCGAUGAACCCGGAAGUUCGCAGCAUCAAGCGCUAUCACAUCGCCAAGGUCUACCGUCGAGACCAGCCUGCUGUGAGCAAGGGCCGCAUGCGUGAAUUCUACCAAUGCGACUUUGAUAUUGCUGGUGCAUUCGACCCCAUGGUUCCCGAUGCGGAGGUGAUGCGUAUCGUGAGCGAGGUCUUUGAGGAGCUUGGCUGGGGUGGUCGCUACACUGUUAAGAUCAACCACCGCAAGAUCCUCGAUGGUGUAUUCCAGGUCUGUGGUGUCCCCGAGGACAAGAUUCGCCCGAUCUCCAGCGCCGUCGACAAAUUGGACAAGAUGCCCUGGGCGGACGUGCGCAAGGAAAUGGUGGACGACAAGGGCCUCGAUGGUGCCGCGGCGGACCUCAUCGAGACAUACGUCAUGAACAAGGGUGGCCGAGAGUUGCUGGACAAGCUGCUCCAGGACGAGAGGCUUACCGCCAACGCCUCCGCCAAGGCUGGUCUUGAAGACAUGGCCUUGUUGAUGGAUUACCUGGAGGCCUUCAACGUCCUGGACAAGAUCUCGUUCGACAUGUCUCUCGCUCGCGGUCUUGACUACUAUACUGGCGUGAUUUAUGAAGUCGUCACCGAGGGCUCCGCCCCUGCUGUGCAGGCUGAUACCGCCGAGGCUGAGAAGCUCAAGAAGUCCAGUAAAAAGAGCAAGUCCAAGAACGGCGACGACGAGGACCGAUCAGACGACCCCACGCUCGGCGUCGGCAGUGUCGCCGCCGGUGGACGCUACGAUAAUCUCGUGGGCAUGUUCCAGCCCAAGGCUCAGAUUCCUUGCGUCGGUAUCUCGUUCGGCGUUGACCGAAUCUUCUCCAUCACCAAGGCUCGCCUCGAACGUGAGCAGAACGCCAAGCCUCUUCGCAAAAGCGAAGUUGACGUCCUUGUCAUGGCCUUUGGCGGUAAGGGCUUCACUGGUAUGCUCAAGGAGCGCAUGGAGAUCUGCCAGAAGCUGUGGAGUGCCGGUAUCAAGGCCGAGUUCUCCUACAAGGCCAAACCCAAGCCUCAGCAGCAGUUCAAGGCUGCCGAGGACGGUGGCAUUCCAUUUGGUAUCAUUAUCGGUGAAGAUGAGCUCGCUGCCGGCAAGGUCAAGAUCAAGGAAAUGGGUCUGGACAAGGACCACCCUGAGAAGGAAGGCGUCGACGUUGAGCUGGCCAAUCUGAUUCCCGAAGUACAAGCUCGCCUUGCCAAGAAACAGGAUGGCUCUGUGAUCAGCCUGUCUCAGCAACUGCAGGAUGUCCAGGUCUGA